CCCUUCUCAGCCUCAGUUACGCGCCAGCAGUCAAAGGGGGAGGACGCUUCUCUCUCUCUCUCUCUCUCCCACUCUCUCACUCGCUCUCCCUCACCUGGCGACCUUGAGUGCAGGUACAAGAGGACAAAUAACAGGUUUAAAAGGAAUAGAGAGAGAGAGAGGAGAAAAAUAUUGAGAAAGCCACGCCCAUACUCUCUCUCUCUCUCUCUCUCUCUCUCUCUCUCUCUCUCUCUCUCUCUCUCUCUCUCUCUCUCUCUCUCUCUCUCUCUCUCUCUCUCUCUCUUUUAUUUCUUUAAGUCAAAAAAUUCAUUCCUAUUAGUUUUUUUUUCUUUUCUUCCUUCUUCUUCUCCUCUUCCUUUUUUUCCUCCUCCUCCUCCUCCUCCUCCUCCUCCUUUUCCUCUUCCUUUUUCUUCAUCUUCUUAUUCUCCCUUAAAAGUUUUCUCUUUUCUUCUUUCUCUCUUCUUUUUUUCAUUUCCUCUUUCUCUUCUUCCUUCUUUUCUUCUUCCUCUUCUGUUCCCGUUUCUCCUCCUCUUUCUUUUCCUCUCCCUUCUCCUUCUCCUCCUCCUCCACGUCCUUUUCUUCAUCUUUCAUUCUUCCUGUUUUUCGUCUUCCUCUUCUUAUUCCACAUACCACCACCACGACCACUAUGCUACCAGCCACCACCACCACCACCACCACCACCACCGCUGCCACGCCCUCUGCAGAUGAUCUAGAGGGCCUCAUCUCCCUUAUGGCGCCCCCUUGUGCUAAUGAGACGCCCCCCUUGCUGCUUCCUGGCCAGGUGUGUGAGGGGGAGAACUGCACCCUGGUCACAUCUAACCCUGGAGCCACUGUUAUUUCUCCUGUGUUGCUGUGUCUGGCUGGGAUUACAGGUCACAUAUGGGCGCUGUGCUACCUGUACAGCGGGCAGAGGCGGAGUUCGUCCCACACUGUGUUCUACCUCCUCCUCUGCACCCUCAUCUGGACAGACUUCUGGGGGGAAACUGGUCACCACCGCCGCCUGCCAUUGUUUCCUAUGCGUUCGGGAGAUGGAUGGGUGGGCGAGACAUGUGUUUGUUCCACGGCUUCGUCAUGAUCUUGGUGCAGGAACUCACUCACCUCACCGUGGCGGGCAUGGCGGUGGAAAGACUGCUUGCCAUCUGUCACGGGUACCUUUACGAGCGGCUGGUUACCCACACCCGCUGCUGGUACCUCUUGGCCUCUAUCUGGGUGUUCUCACUCCUACUGUGCCUCCUACCGCUGUUUGGCCUCGGGGAAUUGUAUCUGCAGUACCCCUUCACCUGGUGCUAUGUCAACAUUCACCUCUGCUCCAACAGUCCGCUCAGGCACCGCAUCUUCACUACGAGUCUUGGCGUCCUCAAUGUUGGGUGUAUUGUGACAGUGGUAGCCUGCAAUGUGUGUGUUGUAGGGUCACUUCUGCGCAUGCGUCUGUCUCGCCGAGUUCCCGCGCACCUCAGCUCUGGGCGUCGACCUUCUGUGCAGCGUGACCAAGAGCUGCAGAUGGUGGUGCUUCUAGUCGUCAUUACCAUCUCCUUUGUCGUGUCCUGGGCCCCUCUUAAUAUCAUCCUUGUGGGGAAUCUAAUGUGGCCGCCGCACGUGACCAGGGAGGAUCACAUGAGGGACUUGGUAGCUAUUCGCCUCGCCUCUAUCAGCCAGAUUCUUGAUCCUUGGGUGUACAUCAUCUGCAGAGUGAUUUUCAAGUCGAAGUUGUGGCGGUGCUGGCGGCGCGCGCUGGUGGGGAGGCGGUGGUCGAGACGCCGCAGCUCCCACUCAGUCAAAAUCAAGUCCAUAGCGGAUGAAUCUCACAGCGAGCCUUCUUGCGGCCCCGCCCCACAUCCUGCCCCUCCCCGCGCCUCGCUCCCCGCCCAGGAGGGAGUGGGUGGCGCCCCUGGUCUAGGCGAUGACACCGCCCUAGGCAACGGCAUCCCGCCCUUGGGACCACCCUGGCAGGGAACACACGCCCACAUCACGCCCGCUGGCCUUAACUCCUCACCUCAUCACCCAGACGCCCUACAGAACGCCUCUACGCUCGUGUCAGGGACAGGGGAAGGCGCCCCCCUCGCCCGCAGCGUCUCCUUGGCCAUCCCUAUCCCCUUGUUCAUCUGUGAGCACUACAGCAUGGCGCAGCAGGGGGCAGGCCAUCUCGCGCCCUGCUGGCCAGACCCUGCCAUGCUCUCUACAGGCCAGCAGGUGCUCCGUGCAAGGUCCUGCUGCCUGGAUCACCACCUGCCUCUGCCAGCCAUGCCAGGUGUCCCUCGCAGCUACUCUUGGGGAUGCAGGGCGGCGGGCCACACCAAACCUCACCACCGCUCCUGCAGCACCCAAACACUCCCAGGGGACGCCCACACCACACAGCACGCCCAGACACCCACACACGCCCCUGCCGGCAUCACACCACCUGGGGAGUGACGCCCAAGCCUAGCCUCUACCCUUGCAAGGCAGCUGUAUAACGACAGAAAAGACGGGUUUGUGUCAUAAAGAGAGAAGAGAAAGAAAAGUUUAAAAAGGAUGAAUUAAACGAAGAAAAUGAAAGAAAUAUAUGUAUCGUUGUAAAUAAUUUAAAAGCCUACCAUUAUUGAAGGAAUAUCACAUUAAUUUUGACAAGCCUAUGAAGUUCGUGGUGAGGUUCCGCAGGGUAGCUUAAUCUCUUAUUAUAUUAUAGAGAUCAGGGAAGGAAUACAUAAAUGGAGUUAAAAUGACAAGAGAGAAAGAUUUAAGGGAAGAAAAGUAAAGUAAUUAUCAGGAAAGAUAUGACUGGAAAAAGUAGCAGAGGAGAAAUGAGAUAAAACAGAUGGAGAUUAAAGAAGAAAGGAGGAAGAAAAGGAUGAAGACGUACAAGGGGGUAGAAGGAGUGAUGAAAGAAAGAUUUUGGGAAGAAGAAAAAAAAAAAAUGUCUACAGAUGCCUUGAUUGGGAAAGUGAUGCAGGAGUUAGAAAAUGGAGAUGAAAGAAAACGGAGGAAGGAAAGAUAAGAGGGGGGGAAGGAAGGAGGGGUGAUAGAAGAACCGACUGAAAGAACAUAGAUAAAUAAAUAAAAAAAAGCUAAGAUUAUUAUUUGUAUAUAUAUAUUUACGUUAUUUUUUCAGUACAAAUGUAGCCAGUAACUUUUCAAACAUGACGUGGAAGUUGUUGUGAUUCUUAGUGUUUUCAUCUGGUAUCACUGUAGUGUUCUUAAGUAUAAGUUCUUACUAAAUAAUGAAGCUUUUUUGAAACUGCCCGUAAUUAAAUCUGAAAAGUAAAGAAGAAAAAAAAUGAUAAACUGGAGGAGGAGAAGGAGAUGAAGGAAAGAAAGUGAGAUAGGAGGAAAGAAGUAGAGGAGAAACCGAAGGAAGAGAAAAAAUACGAGUAGAGAAAUUAUGUACAGGGAAAUUAACAAUCUCUCUCUCUCUCUCUCUCUCUCUCUCAUAUACUUCAAAAUACAAAUAUGUCUAGCUUUGAUUUGUUAUUUUGCGUUUAAGAAAUAAUUACACAAAUUAAUAUAUAUUAUAAUCCCCAAAUUAAUUAGCAGUCUAUGGUCUAAUUCCCAAACACUUGCGCCGCACCUAUAGUAUGCAUAUUAAAAAAUUUCUAUAGAGUAGUUGAAAUGACACGGGUCUUUAAGGAUAUUUUUAUGAUUAUAGUGACACAUUAACAAGAUUUCUACAUUAUCAAUAGGAAAACCACUCUUGAGAACCAGGGUAGUGAAGUGACACGGGUCUUUAAGGAUGUGUUUAUGGUUCUAGUGGCAGAUUAACAAGAUUUCUACAUUAUCAACAGGAGAAACACUCUUGAGAACCAGGCUUGUCAUCUGUGUGGCCUUUGAAAACAGCCGUGGUGGUGAAGUAACGGGUCUUUAAGGAUGUGUUAAUGGUUCUAGUGGCAGAUUAACAAGAUUUCUACAUUAUCAACAGGAGAAACACUCUUGAAAACCAGGCUUGUCAUCUGUGUGGCCUUUGAAAACAGCCGUGGUGGUGAGGGUAGCAAAGCGCUUCAGAAUACAGCCCUUUGUUGUCAUUUAAUUCUGUCCAGUGGUGUAUAUUUAUCUAUAAAGUGUGAAAUGUAAUGAUGGAUGUUGUUUUAUUAUCAGUAUCUCGUUAAUUAUAUCACCGCACGGCCUUCAUAUUAAUUAAGCUUUCAGUGUUUUUUUUUUCUAAUUUUAUGUGUUAAUCUUCGCAUUAUUAUUAUUAUUAUUAUUAUUAUUAUUAUUAUUAUUAUUCAUUGCUUCACUUUUCUGUACGAUAAUUAAAGACUUUUACUUGAUGA